GUCAAAUAUCUCCAUGUAUUUAUCUGUUUGGUUCUUUGUAUAUAUACAUACAUCAACAAACACUGCAUCUCCUCAUCUGUUAGAGAGAGGAGAAUAUGAAGAAGAAAAGCCUAAUACUGUUCUUGUUGGCUUUGUUUCUGCUACUAAGUAUGGGUUCAGCAGUUAGCGGUACUGAUACACCAACACCAUCUUCUCCGCCUAAAGAAUCCCCACAUCAUCAUGAGCAGACGAGGGAGAGAAAAGAGGUGUGUAAGAACUCGGACAGCCAUGAGGAAUGUCUUCUCAAGGGAACCGUCGCUGCUCACACCGAUUACAUCUACACUCAAGACUCGAACUCGCCUUGACCAAGAUACCAAAAAAUUAAAUCACAAUUUCUUUGUUUCGUCGCAAAAAAAAAAAAAAAAAAAAAAAAAAAA